AUGAUGAAACUUUGGGUAUCCGUUUUGGCGUUGUUGGCCAUCGUCUCCGCUGUCCUCGCCUAUCCGCAGACUGUAAGUUGAGCAAACAGUUACAGUAUUUUAAAAAAUUGCAUUGAAAAAAUGAUGCUUUAAUGUUAUUUUGUUGUUCUAGCCGUCCGAGUUUGACGCAGAAUUCGCUCGACAACUCAUUGGCCGUGCUUACAGUGCCUUGGCCAAGACGAAAAGGAGUCGUGAGUUCAAGAGUCAGUUCGCUUCUGUCGCUGUCAGAAUAGAUUAGUCACAAUCACUGCCUAGUAGAUGUUUGUAACUCUAUUAUCCCCGCUUUGCAGUUAGUUCGAAUUUCUUGGGGAUUUAUUUGAAUUCUUAAAACUUAUAAUAACUCAAAAUAACCGCACUAUUUUUACUAUGUUUAAGUAGAAGAUGACAACUUAUCUGUAUCAUACAGUGCUUGUGUGGCAAUGUGUUUAAAUGCUUUGAAAUAGAUCGUAUUUUCUCCAAUUUCAGCUAGCAUGGGACUCUCUCUAGCCGAGUACAUGGCCUCGCCCCAAGGCGGAGACAACUUCCACUUCAUCCCCUCAGGCCGGAAGUAA